AUGAAUAGUAGAAUUAGACGUGAGGCGUUAGAGCGUAUUGUUGGUGAGGGUGAUAGGAAUUGUAUCUGGGAGUUGAGAAUGAACACAAAUGCCUUUGCUAACUUGUGUGAGUUGCUCCAAGUUCAGGGAGGACUUACAAAGGAUGGUCAUGUAAGCUUGCCGGAACAGGUUGCGACCUUCUUAAUUAUAUUAGCGCAUCAUAAGAAAAACCGUAGUCUACAGGUUAGAUUUUGUAGGUCCGGCGAGACAGUGAGUAAGUAUUUUAAUAAAGUUUUGAAGUCUGUAAUACGGAUUCAAGGGAUUUUGUUCGCGAAAGCUACACCAGUUGCCGAGGACUGUGUGGACCCCACAUGGAGAAGGUUUAAGGGUUGCUUGGGAGCAUUAGAUGGCACUUAUAUAGAGGUGACAGUCCCCGAGUCUGAGAAGGCAAGGUACCGGACAAGAAAGGGUAAAAUCUGCACGAAUGUCUUAGGGGUGUGUAACCGGGAGAUGGGUUUUGUGUACGUACUCAGUGGAUGGGAGGGUUCGGCAUCUGAUUCACGGGUACUUCGAGAUGCAAUAACUCGUCGUAAUAGUCUUAAGAUACCCCACGGUAAUUACUAUUUAGUUGAUGCUGGCUACACAAAUGGUCCGGGGUUUCUUGCACCGUAUAGAGGGACUCGAUAUCAUGUAAGAGAGUGGGCCCAGGGAGCACGUGCACCGCGCAACUACCAAGAAUAUUUUAACCGGGUACACUCUUCUGCAAGGAAUAUUAUUGAGCGCUGCUUUGGUUUGCUGAAGAAGAGGUGGUCCAUCUUAAGAAGCCCUAGCUUUUAUCCCGUUAAGACACAAUUUCAGAUAAUUAUUGCCUGUUGUUUGCUGCAAAAUUUCAUUAGAAAGAGUAUGCAGAUGGAUCCGGAGGAGGAAGGUAGCAUAUUGGAUGAAUUCACGCCCGAUGGAGAUGAAGAACAAGAUGGUUUUUUUUUUAUCGUAAUAUUGGUAGCAGGAAUGGAGAACAAGCGGAUGUGGAGUGAUGAAGAGACUUUGGCCUUUGUUGGCUUCAUGGAGGAGUUUGUCGUUGACGGUCAGCGGGCUGAUUGUGGGCAGUUUAAACCGGGAACAUUCGAGAAGCUGGCUUUGAAGAUGUUGGAGGCUUUCCCCGGUUGUACACUGACCGCGAAGCAUUGCAAGAAUAAGCACAAGCGGCUGAAGGAGAAGUACCAGUACGCCGCUGAUAUGCUUGCUUGUAGCGGAUUUGGCUGGAACAACGAGAAACAAUGUGUUGAGGUUGACAGCAAAGACGUCCUUGAUGCUUGGUUGAAGGCACAUCCGACCAAGUUCUACAGUCCUGGGAAGCCAUUUCCUUUAUUUCACCGGCUGGAAGGUAUCUUUGGUAGGGAUAGAGCCACGGGAGUGGCGGCCGUUAGUGGCUUCGAUGCGGAGGAACAGGUUAACGAAGAGACAGAUGACACUGCAGCUGGGUUUGAUCAGUCCGAGAUGUCUCCACCUCCAGACGAAGGUGGAGUUCCAGCAACGCAAGGACAAGCAUCACAUUCUGAGGUUGGUGCGAGCGCGGGAAGCAGCAGGCAAUGCGGGAGGAAGAGGAAACAGGUUGACAUACUCGAGAGGAUGGCCAUUCAGAUUCAGCAAUCAUCGGCUGACCAACGAAAGAAUGCCCAACUGAUAGCUGAUGCCAUUGUUGGUGUGAACGAGAAGUGGAAGGUUGGCGAGAAGCUCACACAGCUAGGAUUCGGUGAUGACGAUGUGGUCAGGGCGAUACUGAAGUUUGCCGAAAGUCCUAAUGUGUAUGCACACUUCUGGGGCUUGUCAGAUUCACAAAUGAUUGGGCUCGUGCGUUCCAUUAUAUAA